UCAAAAGUGUGAAAGAUAAGCACCGGGAGGGAAGGGAAGUUGUUCGAGGGGAAGCCUGCGAUGUCUGCGGCGCCGGCUGCGACCGCCGGCUGGCGGCCAUCAGCGACCGCGCUGCUCCACCAGAUGGAGUCCUUCACCGGCUGCGCGAACCCCGCAUCUACGCGUCUCUACAUCGGCCGGACCGGUGCGCAUAGAACUUCUGCAGGACUUCAAGUUGCAUCACCCAAUUUGGGCAGAUGCAGGAGUGCUCAUGUUAAAAGAGAUGCUGAUGGGUACCCAGCAACUGAGGAUCUGUUAGUUGAUGAGGAAACUCUGCAGCGUAAUUUACAGACAGCCAUCCAGGAAGAAGAUUAUUUCCGGGCUGCAAAGAUUAGGGAUGAUCUGCGCAUCCUCCAUGAAGAUACUAAAGCUUCCCUCCUUGCAGCAAACAUGCGGUUUUACAGCGCUUUCAAGAAUGGGGAUCUUGCAGCAAUGUACUCUAUAUGGGCUAAAGGUGACCAUGUGUAUGUUAUUCAUCCUGCUGCUGGUCGGAUAUCAGGUUACGACGUGGUCAUGCAAAGCUGGGAGAUGGUAUGCAAUGCAGAUUAUGAGUUUCCACUUAACAUUGAUCUGAAAAAUGUAGAGGUUCAUGUGCAUGGUGACCUUGGUUAUGUCACAUGCUUGGAAGUAGUUAAGAACAAAGGAAGAGCAUGGGGAAAGCAAGUUGCCACAAACGUCUUCGAGAAGGUUGAUGGCACAUGGUACAUGUGUGUUCACCAUGCAUCACACAUAGAAGAAUGAAAACCCUAGGUGAUUUGGCAUGGAAAUUUUGCAGGAAAGCUAGACAAGCAAUACAUGAUAUCGAGAUUUCUAUAUUAGCUCCUGCAGAUUUAUGCGAAUGUGAUGCAGCUACAUCACCAGUCUAUGUUUUUUUCUCGAGUAUAGUAUCAAUGGUUAGUCCUCAAACUGAAUUUUGUGGUUUAGUUUGAGAUUCCAUAGUGGUUGGCAUAUUGGAGUAUGUCACUGGAGAUUUUGUAUGACUGGCGGCUACUUGAUCUGCGAGUAACUCAGUCCAAGCUAGUGGACUACUACCUUCAUCCUUAAAUGUAAGUCUGGGGAUGAGUCCCUUACAUUUAAUACUUCACUAAAAUAAAUAGCCUCAUUGUUUCAUUUUUGUUUAUACUUAUGAACCAAAAUUUAAAUUUACGACCUUAUAUUUAGAGUUGAUUUUGGAUUUUUUAUUGUGGUUUAUUUGUCGAACU